AUGCCUACAUUCUUGGCUACAAGUGAUCUGGAACACUAUGACAAAACUCGACAUGAAGAAUUUAAAAAAUAUGAAAUGAUGAAGGAACAUGAAAGGAGGGAGUAUUUGAAAACACUUAAUGAAGAAAAGAGAAAAGAAGAAGAAUUGAAAUUUGAAGAAAUGAAGAAAAAACAUGAAAAUCAUCCCAAAGUCAAUCAUCCAGGAAGCAAAGACCAACUGAAAGAGGUAUGGGAAGAGGCCGAUGGUUUGGAUCCUAAUGACUUUGACCCCAAGACAUUUUUCAAAUUACAUGAUGUCAAUAAUGAUGGCUUCCUGGAUGAACAAGAAUUAGAAGCCCUGUUUACUAAAGAGUUGGAAAAAGUAUAUGACCCCAAAAACGAAGAAGAUGAUAUGGUAGAAAUGGAGGAAGAAAGACUUAGAAUGAGGGAACAUGUAAUGAAUGAGGUUGAUGCUAACAAAGACCGACUGGUGACUCUGGAUGAGUUUAUGAGAGCAACAGAAAAAAAGGAAUUCUUAGAGCCAGAUAGCUGGGAGACAUUGGAUCAGCAGCAGUUAUUCACAGAGGAAGAGCUAAAAGAGUAUGAAAAUCUUAUCUCUUUACAAGAAAAUGAACUAAAGAAAAAGGCAGAUGAGCUUCAGAAACAGAAGGAAGAGCUACAACGUCAGCAUGACCAACUUGAAGCUCAGAAACUGGAAUAUCACCAGGUUGUACAGCAGAUGGAACAAAAAAAAUUACAACAAGAAACUCCUCCAGCAGGGCCAGGUGGAGAACUGAAAUUGAAGCCACAUAAUUAAAAUUCGAAGCCCAUCAGAACUUGGAAGAAAACUGUUACCAACAUCUGUUUCAUUUUUUUUACCUCCCUUCCUUUUUCUCUGAUCAAUAAAUACUUUAAAGCAUAUAUGGAAUAAAGGAAGAUACUUUUCAAAUGAGAACACAUUUUUUGGACACAGAUAUGUAAGGAUUGACGUCUACAAGAACCAGGAAGACAAACUCAAUAUUUGCUUCCAUUUUCACAUUUCCUCCCUUUUUUCUUUGUUCACCUUUAGUGAUUUAACUAAAUGGGCAUAUGCCAUAAUUUAAUGAAACUAUCAGUGAGAUGCUAUUUAAGUGAGACACCUUCAUGACUUUUAAAAUCAGUAACUUGCUCUCACUCAUAAAAGUAGAUUUUCUUUUAUGGUCACUUAUUAUCCCCUCUCUCUGUGAAAGUCUUUGAUAUUAAUAGUUCUCCUAAGAAGAUCAUAGUAUUCCAGUGUUUUUGGUAAACUUUUCUUACUUUCUGCAGCCUUACUUACUAGAAAUUCUUUCACUGAACAGCUUUUGCUGCCACUUCAUGUCAUUUUCCAUUUGUAAUUCUGUUAUUCAAGAUCAGGUUCUGCUAAGCAUAACAGAAAAACCAAAGAUUGCAAUGGUUUAAACCACUGUUUAAAGAUUUUUUUCCCCCUCUUACAUAAAAGAAAUCUGGAAGUAGGUGGUGUCCCAGUUCCUGUUUUUAUGCCAUACUAUCCUCAGUUCAUGGUUUUUAUCCUCAACUUACUUCAUUCUCAUUGUCCAAGGUUGCCAUUUAGACAACAUAGGGCAAGAAAAGGAACUUUCCUCCAGUUGAAUGAGCUUCCUUAAGGCAGUUUUCCUGGAGAACCAUACAGCAUUUGAACUUGUACCUCACUAGCCAAAACUAGUGAGAAAUUCACCUGGUAAUUUACUUAACUAAGGAAGAAAGGGAAGAGGGAGAGUUUGGUGGGCAGCUUUCAAUUUUAACCCAAACAGCCAUGUUGGCUACUUAUAUAUCCAUGUACAUUUUUCUGAAACAUGGAAAACACUCAUUUCCUCUACCACGAAGGAAAACCACCCAAAUCUAAUCCAUUAUUAUAUAAAGCUCUAAGUCCAUGUAUUGGGGGUUAGUCUUCUCCAUCCAGUUAGGAUGUGGCUCCCUUUGUUUUGGCCAUCUACAAACUAAAAAGUAAGUUGUCAGUCCCAUGAGUUGCCAAACACACGCAUCAUGGUGGGAUAGGUGCAGGGGAAUGGCAAUAAAAUCAACCUUUUAGUGAAGGGGAAAAUGGGACUCAUAGCAGUCACUGAUCCACAACAAUUUAAAAAAAUACUGCUUAGCAAAAAUAACCAGGUCUCUCUGCUGUCAAUAAAUAUAUUCUUUGGUUUACCCAUCAGGCAUCCUGUUUCACCUUUCUGGGAGCAGCAUCCUGGUCUACUGUCCUCAGAGGCCCUUGGCUUUGCCCUUUAGGAAGUUCUUAUUAUCUAUUAAUUUUCAAGGCCAUAUUGGGGCAUGUGAAAGUAAACCCUUCUUGGAGGCUGUGUAGCCAUACUACUUCCCUUCCUGUUAUUGUGUGAGAUUGUUUUAGAUAGUUACAGGCUUUUGCAGGCUGGGUUUGGGAAUUUAAUUUAUUUUCAUUUCCUUUAGUUCUUUGGCAAACAGUUCCCUGCAAGAGUAAUAAGCUGCUGGUCUGUUUUCUUUAAUUAUUACCAAAGAUCUUGUUAAGACAGUUUUUAACAUGAAUCACAUCUUUUAUUUGCUGACCUCUGUACUCGGUCUCCUCCCCUUGGGUCUUAACGGAAUGGUACCUACUCAGAACUAUUUUAAACAUAGAUUUGGAUAGGAUGGCAACAGUUUUAAUCUGACCUUUUCCCCUAGUGUGACUCCCGUUACUCAAAGGAAGGUGCUUGAAAAUGGCCUUAGAGCCUUUAAAACUGUUUGAGUUUGGAGUAUGUUGGUAGUUGAAAUUUUCACUUCAUCAGGGCUCCAGACUUGGGAUUUUGUCAAUGUUUUGUAGACAAAGAACAAUGCCCUCAUCAAGUUAAAUUCCAUUGCAUCUCUGCAGACCUCUUGCUCUGAGUCAUAUCUCUCUUAUAAGAUUGAAAGAGGCAAGAACCAGACAGCAUUCUGCUAGCAUUCUAAAGUUCUACCAUCACUUUCUCUGAUAGCUUUACCUCCUUUGUCAGGAGUCUUAUUACCCAAAGCCCUACCUUCUCAACCAAGUUAACUCCAUAUUUAAGAUCAUUUUACCUAUUGCACCUUAUUUGUAGGUACCAAAUUCUGUGUAUGUCAAGAUUAUCGGUUUAGGUAAGGGGAUCUUCCUAAUUGGUUUUUAAACAGAAUGAGAUUGAUGAAGAGAUAUAGUUAGCUUGCAGAAUCUUUGGUAGGGCUAAAGAAACAGAACCUUGUCUGAGCUUCCAGGAGCUAUAUCAAGAGUGAUAUGUCAAAGAAGCUGAUGCUUUUGGAACAAUCAAGAAGCAACCUGGUGGAUCAGGAAGUCAUCUGCUGGAUUAAACAGCUGUGAAUAGUUCCCAGCUCCAGAAAUACACCAACUCUGCUGUGCUUUGUGUCGGCAAAAAAUGGAUACCUCAUGUUCUGUCGCUCUCUCCUUUGACUCAGUUCUGAACAGAAGUCUCAACUGUGCAGUACAAUCAAGAAGAAAAUGAAAAAGGGCCAAAUUAGAUGAUGAGCUUCCUUUUCAUGCAAGAUUUUUAUCCCUUGAAGAGCCUGCUGGAGAAGUCCACCUUCUCUCAACCACUGGUGCCUCAUCGUCACACUUUUUAAAUUCAUUUGUCUUUGUUGGAAUCAGGAGACUAAGGAGUAUUAAGCAAAAUGCAAAGUUUGCUUCUUUGUUCCUUGUGGGUGAUAUAAAGGCAGCUUGCUUUCAAGGUGUGAGAUUUCAAGGAAAUCAAAUAUUUUCCUUUUUUGUAAUAUCAUCAGCAGGAUUCCAAUAUUUCUCUACCUACCUUUAGAUUUUUAAAAAAUGAAUAAUUAGCUGUGAAUUAGUAACUAUUUCUUAUCGACUCCAAGAACUGAGCCAUAAAAAGCAGCAGCAGCAAGUGGGGAAGACACCAAAUUGAAAAAUUUAUGUUUCUUGUUACCAGCACUGCCAAUAUUUUUAUUGAGACAAAAGCAAAGCAAAACCAAACUAGUGAAACCUUCGAUUAAAUUUUAGGAAUUGAGGUUUUUUUAAAAAAUGUUGUCUGUAGCAUUAUAUAGGGAAAAACACAUUCCAUGUUUAUUAUCGAUCGAUGUCUACUAUUUCGCUGCAGGGCUUUUUGUUUACAUAUUAAUUGUCAGUCACAUUCCUGAUGAAACACCAUGAGCCUACCUGGGUGUCAGCCAGCCCCAGACAGCACAUUUUUCCUUACAUGUGCACCUUCUAGUUGCCUUCCAAUCUCUGCAUACCUGUACACUAGUGUAUUGUUUAUAAUUUGAUAUUCUAUUUUGCUGUGUAAAUUUUCUUACCUCCUUCUGUUUUAUCCUUAGUAAUAAGUAUAGGAAAAUCCCAAGACUUUCGUAGAUUAUGAACAUAGAGCUCAUUGUUUAAAUAUUAAAGUCUAUUAUGUUACAAUUCUUGUAAUUGUGCCAUUCCCUGGAAUUUAAAAAUGAAUGAUUGUUUUGCCACCUGAUUUUAAAGUUAAAACUCAUCGGAGAACUUUGAAAGUAAGAGAGAAAAAAAUUCAGUCCCAUCUAGUUCUUUUUGCUGUCUCCUAUGAAUUGUAUUAGAAUGUUACUUUUGUUCAAUUUUAGUCCAUUUUAUUAUUUUUUUAAGAUUUAUUUUAUUUUAUUAUGCAUACAAGAACAGGGGUGUAGGCGAGAGCUGCAGGGGGUGAGAGGAUUCACCAGAGGAUUCUGCAGAACACACAGAUCUACUGAGAUACACUGCUGAGGGAGCAGGGGGUGAGACAGGAGAGGUCUACUGAGUCAUGUGGGUCAGCUCCCUGGCUAGGGAUUGAACUCAUGCCACAGUGGCUGGCAGGGGCUGGCGAUAGCUUGAUAGUGAUGAGAUUUUAACCCCCGCGCCACCAGGGAGGCCCUUUAGUCCAUUUUAAAUGUUUAUUUUUAGUAAUAUGAGACUGUUUGUUAUUUAAGUGAAUCCCUACCCUCACUUUAGAUUCCCUAGGUAAUAGAGUGUGAAGAAAUGAAAGGCCACGCCAUCCUGUAUUUGUACAGUGUUGCUUUAUCUAUUUUGCUGUCCACUAUCACCUUCAGUUGUUCAAGCAAUUUGAGUUUGCUUUUCUUUUUGCACUUUAUCCUUUCUGUUCAUGGUGUUGCUACUUCAUAAAUAUUUCCUUAUUUGAGUAGUGAUUAUUUCCUUUUUCAAGGAAAUUAUUAUUAUUAAAGGGAAUUAUUUCUUUUUAAAAACAUGUUGGGGAGAAGGGAGAGAGGGAUAUUGGGGUGAUGUGAUAGUGUAGUGGUGCUCCAGCUUUGGUGGAGGGUGAGUGAAGCAAAUGCAUGUUGAAGUGUGACGUUCUACUCCCCAAUGAUACAGUUAUGCGAACAAUAUAGCAACUCAAUGGCAAGAAUGCAAAUUAACAGAAUUCGAUUAAACAAAAGCAUUAAUCGCCAUGCUUCUUAAUGUUUUAAACACUUUCAUGGUAGUGUCAAAACAUGUUUGUCAAACACAGCAGCUUAAAACUCCAACCCCCUUUAUGUAGUAAUUCCUUCUCAUUCUAUAGCACUAAGUAAUGGAUCUUAGAAUUUGUCUCUUAAUUUUUUUUUUCCGGCUAUGUCUCAGUUCUAGCCCUGUAUACAUUUCUUGUUUCCUUUGAUGAGUAAGUGUUUUUACUCUCUGACAUUCACAGUAUGUUUCAUUGAGAUUCAAGGUUGAUCUUGGAAAAUGAAAACCAUAUUGAAGAAAAGUCAGUUUUUCUAGAGCUUCUUAGGCAAGCAGCUCAUCAUGCCUAGAGUGGUUUCUGAGUGCUUUUAACUCUGAAAAAAUUCCUAAUUCAGUAGACACUGUGUCUGACUCUGCCUUUGAGAGAGUGAACCAGCCGGGAUGUGGAGCAUCAGCCCUGGAUGAAUGUCCUUGUUCAAUUCCUUAGCUUCUUGGUAACUUCCUUAAAUAAUACCAGUCUAAAAAUUUUUUUGUGCAUCCCAGCAGAUAUUUUUUUUAAUCAUACAGUUAUUAAUAAAGCAAAAAAUCCCACAAAAAACCGGCAAACCAAUUCAGGGUGGGAGAAGGGCGGGUGG